GCGAACUGAACAAAAGGCGCAGCCCUGAGAGAGCAAGUGAUCUUCCUGGUGCACCAGAAUGCUGACCAGAAUCCCAUCUGAGGAUAUAUAUAAGAAUGCAGCAGACCGAAAACAGAACCGCAUUGAGGCAGUGCCCGCAGACGCAAAAACACAUAUUACAUAAGAGCCCAAGACACAAUAUCGUCAUGCAUUCCAUGGGAUUCCUUGUGGCACUCUCCAUCUGCCUGACGACGAUGAUGCCAGUCCUGUCCCAGCCACAGCCAAAUCCACUCGCAGCCGCUGCAGAAGAAGCAGUUCCAACCACAGUCAGACCGAAACUUAUCAUCGAAGAGGAGGCAGAGCCGAUGAUCUAUCAGCGCAUCACCGAACACCGUCCGAUCGCGUUGGGCCAGAACUAUUACAUCAAGCCGGGACAGAUAGUUGGCAGCAUUAACCUUGGCUCGCAGAGCGUUUAUGUGAGGAAUGAUGAGGAGGGCCGCAAGCCCAUAGCCAGCAAGCACAACAUCCUUUUUGUGGCAUAUGCCAAGGACUUGCUGAAAAAUAGCCAGGCCAAGGAGUAGAGCGCCCCAAGUUACGAGUAUACAUAAGUAAUACGAUACGAUGUUCUUCAAUACAAACUCAAAAGCAA